CCUCGCCGGGCAUUCCAUUUGAGCAGCCAGCAGCACCACCACCGCUGCUCCUCGCAGUGUGCUGUCCGUCGCUCGCGCACGCGCUCUCGCUGCCGUCCACUCCUUUUUGAUUAUUGUUGUCGUUCUUUCGCGGUCGGGUACCCCCAGUGCUUUUGCUGUGCCUCUUGCUCUGCGAGCAAAGCCUUCUAUCUUAAUAAUCGUAUUUGCCAUUGGCACCUGUCGUCGCUCCUCGCAUCCCGCCGACUGUCCUCCUCCGCACGCAUCCUCGCUCGCACGUCCCGGACGUCGCUCUGCCACCACGGCGACCUUGGACGACGCAAUUUCGAUGUUGCGACAGACCUGUGGACGCCCAUUGUUGUACAAUUAACUUAUUCGACGUCGACAUCAAAGCCACCUUUGUCUCGAACUUCGCGAUAAUGACCGAGGUUGCGGCGUCAGGCUCCCGCGGAUAUUCGCAUGGCGUUGGAAACACCCUUUCUACUCCGAUGAUGGCUGCUGCCGCGCCAAAGAUUGAGAUGCAGCCGAACCCAGAGUUCUCUUUCCCAAGGCUUCCUCCACCUGGAGAUCACACCCUCAACCUGGAACCCCGAAGAACGAGCCAUGGGCGACCACUGUCCAUGAAUGUUGAUGUGAGGCCAGCGACUGCAGAUGCGCGUAACAGCCAUAAGAGGGCAGCAACACAGCAGUUGCCUACGUUCAAGUUCAAUGCCGGGGACGCCUCUGGCCUCCAAGCGGAACAGCUUCCUUCACAGCCUGUGGAACCAAAUGCCAUGACACCAUCACGGGGAGGACACAGGAGGAACCACAGUGAGCUCGUAGGCGGUGUUGGCCUGAACAGCGCGAUGAGCUCCAGCCCAACUAGGCCUUCUACCUUGGAUAAGCCCAAACGAGCGCACCAUUCGCAUCGACGAUCCGCAGCGAUAUCCUCACAUGAGAUUCAUAAACUUCUAGCUGCAGCCGAGCCCCAACCACGCUUAUCCAGCAGCCUGCCGAGCACCCCGCUCGACCACCCAUUCGCUCACCAACGCUCUGGGUCGAACGCUGCAGCGCUCCACGAUCCUUUUGGCCCUGCUUUGGAUAAUACCGCAUCCACUCGUCCUCCAUCCCGUCGCCAAGUUGGAUUCUCAGAGAAUGUGGAAUACAUUCCACGCCCUCUCUCGACAAUAUCUUCGGAAACAGAGAGCUCAUUGAACACCAUUCGAGGACACUCUGUUAACAACAGUAUAUCUUCAGUUCUGAGCAUGACUACCCCAAGUCCACCUGCUCCGCGAUCCCGCGCCAUUUCCCUCGAGACCACCUUGGAAGACGAGCCCGACUCGUCUCUGAAGUCGUCCAUCGAGACCGCCAGACGUGUAGAACGUGAGGGAGAAUGGCUCAAGCACGGAUCUCAAGCAAAGUUGGAGCGACCAUCAACCGCCUCCGAUGUCCUUUCCAAAUCUCUCACCUUCGCGGCGGACAACGUCGUGGCUAAGACGCGUUCACGGACAAGCAAGAAACACGCGGCUAGCCGCUCAUUGGGCUUCGACCGCCGUAAAAGCGAGCCAACCAUCGGCCUGCUUGCCAGCGAGCCAUCGCGUCUUUCGGCGCUCUCCCUUCAAGAGUCCACCUCGAAGCUGAGUGUGAACACUGACGAAGACGAGGCAGUUUCGGAGCGACGUUUCUCGACCCGAAAAAUCAAAGACUGGGCCGUGUCCAAGAUCGCUCGGAGAUCACGACCUCGCUCGGAAGUGCUUGCGCCAAAGCAGCCGAUGCAAUUCGAACCCGAAGCCCCCAGAUCCGUUGCCGAAACAGACCUUGAUGCCGUCUUCAGCAUGGACAAUGAUUCAGAUAUCGUGCACGACCGAUCUGUGCCCGCGCCGUCGCAGCUUGACGUUCCACAGUACAUUCAGCCAAUCCCUAUUCGCAACCGCGACAGUGAGGAGGGAGCCAUGCUGGACCUGGAUGAUGCUCUGAGUCGCCCAAAGACGCCGACUCAAGUAGGCAUGCGACGACGGAGGAUGCUCCAUAGCGACCGCGGAUUCUCCGACUUUAUCGGACCAGGUGCUCAUUACCAGCCGCGGGCGACUCAUCACCGGACUGCCAGCGCUCCCGUGCUCAUGGCUUUCGAUCAGUCCCGGUCUGGAACACCCCCGCAAACAACAUUGGCUGUGUUUGAUGAAGAGGAGGAAGAUCAGUCGCCAGAGUCGUCCGCACGACCAAGCAGCACGGUGUCGACUAGCGACGACGAGGGUUCUACGGAAGUUUCCGUCGUCGAUGCUGACCCGACAAUGACAAGUGCUGCGCAAGAGGCCAGCCUAGACGAAGGACUCGGAAUCCAGCGUAACGAGUGGGACCUCGAAACGCCACAUUAUACCACCUCAGCUUCCCGGCUGUCGACUCCUGCGAUUGAGCGUCGGGCGAGCUCCAUUAUUGAACAAACGAUAUUCGAGGAAACCAGCCCCGUCGAAUCCGUUGCCAUUGCCCAUGAUGCGGAAUCUUUUGAACAGAGCAUGGACUUGCGCGCGCACUCACUCACCAAGUCUUCCGAUAGCAGCGAGGCGCCAACGAUCAUGGCGGCGCCCAGUAGCUUCCUAUCGCUACCAGACGAUCCGCAUGCGUAUGCCACGCCCGAGACGUCAACUUCUUCCGCAUUCUCAUCGCCAGAUUUCACUCGUCGGCAAAACUCGUUUGAGGCUUCUCGUGUUGGUACAUCCGCAUCUUCCAUUGCGGACAACCGCACUAUGAGCUCAUGCACGACGGGUGAAGUGCAACAGGAUUACAGGAUGUCUGUGGAUGAUGUGCCGUCCCUCACAAGCUCACGUUCAACCAUGGUCAGUACUGCGCAUGCAAACUCAUCGCGACGCGAUGUCAGCGGACUGCGCACCCCGUCCUUGACCUCUGGCUCGCUUGAAUCCGCUGAGAGCCGACGACGAAAGCGCGCUAGCAUUCAGAGUCUGUCACAGCUGGUAGGCGGGCCAUUUGGACCUCGAUCACAAAACGUCGACGAGACUAGACCAUCAACAGCAGCAACGGAGACCAUUCUUUCACAGCCCAAGAAGAAGGAGCACCGUCUGAAGAAGCUGAUGUUCUGGAAGUCGAAACGACAGUUCAGCACUUCUACGGUUAUCUGAUUCAGCGCGGAUGCAUUACUUUCUACCAGCCGUCAUUUGGGAUUGUUGGGGGUUAUUUGUUUGGGACGGCGGCUUCCCACAAGGGAGACUGCCUUGAUGAGCGUUAUGCGAUGGGAUGAAUUACCAGCUUCACACACUGCAAGGUUGGGCACGAGGAAUAUUUUGCGGAGUUACGAAUGGAUAUGUAGAGGCAUGGACAAGGAGGACGACGCCAGUCAUGCGCUUUUGCAAUCGGAGCUACAUGUGACUGUAGACUUUUUGGACGUGGAUGAAGACCACUAUGAAUUAGCUCAUGGAAUGUAACGAGAACACAACAUGCAUGUGGCUUGCGGCUCAAAGCGGUAUUUCCAUCAUUCCAGAAAGACUAGACAUCUAAACAGUUGCCGC